GGGAAAUCUGUUUGAAAACGGUUUAAUGGCUCAGAAAUCGUGUACAGCAGCUGUAAAUGCAGACAAACAACAAGUCCUGAUGGCAAGCUGUCAGUUUGGGACUGAGACCAAUAGAUUUCCUUCUGUGUUCAAUGGAAAAAUGAAAUCAUACCGGUUGGACUGACAUGAGGUGAUUAAUGAUCAUCGCCAGUUUCAGUUCAAGAGAAAAGUGUGGCAUUAGGGAUUGGGUGCAAGACGUACCUUUAUGUCCACUAAAAAUAUGAUGCUGCAGCUGUUUUGGAGACCUUCCUGAUGUACAUAUUGUUCCUCUGUUAUGGCAGCGGGAGCCAAGGCUGUCAAAAUGCAGCCAGGAGGACAUUGGCUGCUAUUUCCAUGUUUGUAGUGCUUGGAUUCCCCUCCCCAGGGGAGAGAAACCUGUGACACCAGCGUUUGAAGACCAUGACAUCCAACAUUUCUUUCUUUCUCUGCCUGUUGUUGGUGUCUCUGGGUUCGACUGCAGUCAUCACCGGGGCAUGUGAGAAGGACUCUCAGUGUGGAGGUGGCAUGUGUUGUGCAGUCAGCCUGUGGAUCCGGAACUUGCGAAUGUGCAUCCCAAUGGGUCAGAUGGGAGAAGACUGUCAUCCAAUGAGCCACAAGGUGCCAUUUUUUGGGAAGAGGCACCAUCAUACAUGCCCAUGUCUGCCCAACCUAGCCUGCAUCACCACAGCCGAUGACAAGUACAAAUGUCUCCCGCCAUUUCCUUUCCAGGAGCAAUACCUGUGAUGAAGAUGCUUGAUCACUGAAUGUUUGUAUAAAGUGUAUAGUUGUAAAAGUGUUUUAGAUCUAUUUAUUUAAUUUAUUUAAUCUUCAUAUAAAAUGAAGAGAAAGUAAGAAAAUUGAAAUUAUAGAAAAUAAAUGAGGUCAUAAAAUGCAAACAGUAUUGGCAAAAUGUCAGAAUAUGACCUAAAUAAAUAUUACCAUUGCACAAAAGGUUCUUUAUAGUGGAAAAGGGUUCUUUAGAUCACAGUAAGACAAUGAAAUGGUUCUUUUAGAACUGUUUGCUGAAAGGUACUUUGUGGAACCAAAAAUGUCAUCGCUGCGAAAAUCCACUUUUGAAAUAUUUUUUUUUUUUAAAUUGCCCCUACAUGCUUU